UUAUAUGUUGUGUUAUUUGGACCAUGAUAACUAUAUUCGUGGUUGGCAAAAAGGUUUUAAAGAAGGUUCAAAGGAGAGGGAGGAAAACAAAAAAACGUAAGCCGCCCACAAGUUCCGGACAGUUGUGUCCCGGAGAGAUUACAGGGUAGCGCCGACCAACGGGAGCUGAAGAAGUGCCACUCUGCUUCCUAUCCCUCUAAAAUGGACCAUUCCAUUCCUAACAACCGCGAUCGAAAUGCAUGUACUUCUUCGACGUGGACUCUUCCCGCCGCCGCCGCCGCCUCCUCCUCUUCCCCUCCCGACGAUAUCUCCCUGUUUCUGCAACAGAUUUUGCUACGUUCCUCUUCCUCUGCUUCCCACUUCUCUCUCCUCUCUCCUUCACCCUCCAUCUUCUCCGAACUCACCUGCAACAUAAGAGCCUUCACCCCAUCAACCCAUAACAUUCCCCCUUCUUAUGGGCCGCCUAAUGCAGUGCCCGACGAGAUCUCCACCGUCGAUUCCUCAGAACAAUUUGCAAAUUCCUCAUCGUCCGGUGUAUUACAUGAUCCCUUGCGCUCUUGUCCCACACCCAUUCCACCUAAUGCAUCUUCUACGUCGGUUGGAGCUAGUGAUCACAACGAAAACGAUGAAUUUGACUGCGAAAGUGAGGAGGGUCUGGAGGCAUUGGUUGAAGAGCUACCUACAAAGCCUAAUCCUCGCAGCUCUUCCAAAAGAAGCAGAGCCGCCGAAGUUCAUAAUUUGUCUGAAAAGAGAAGGAGGAGCAGAAUUAAUGAAAAAAUGAAGGCACUGCAAAAUCUGAUCCCCAAUUCUAACAAGACUGACAAGGCCUCGAUGCUGGACGAAGCAAUUGAAUAUCUGAAGCAGCUUCAACUUCAAGUUCAGAUGCUGUCGAUGAGAAAUGGCUUGAGUAUGCAUCCUAUGAACUUUCCUGGAAGUUUGCAAUAUCUCCAACUUUCCCACAUGAGAAUGGACUUUGGUGAAGAAAACAGGUCAAUUUCUUCUGACCAAGAAAGACCAAACCAGAUCUUUCUCAGUUUGGCUGACCAAAAGGCUGCCUCCAUCCAUCCUUUCAUGUCAGACAUUGGAAGAACUAAUGCGGAAACUCCAUUUGAAUUGACCCCGCCCAUCCAGGCUCACCUUGUCCCUUUUUACUUGAGUGAGUCCUCCAAGUCUAAGAUUUGCAGCAGAAAUGUACUGCGAGAUGAUCACCAGGUGAAUGUGAAUGUGAGCCAAUCGGAGACAACUCCCUUUGUGUCACGCCCCUAUAACAUAUCAGCACCUCCUGAUUUACAAGGAUUACAGAAUUGCAUCUCGGUGGAACCGAGCAUCGUAGAAGGAAAUCGGUCAGGUGUGCUUUUAAAUUACACUCCAGAGCACAGCCUUGUAUUCCCUUCCCCUUUUAAUGGCAUUAACACAGGAAGGCCAACUGAAACAACAGAGCUGCAAUGAUCAACAUUGUUGACAUUUUCUGUGACCGUCAAUGUUCUUAUUCUCUUCAAAUCAUUCACUAGAAUUUGGCAAAAUCAUUCUGAAAAUGGGGAAAAGAUACUGCAUUGAGCUGGCUAAUUUCAUUGUGGAGAGGAUCUGCACAGUUUUCUCCUCUUGUACAAAUCUGCAUUCAAGUACUCACUGAUUUUUCUCCAUCAUUAUUUUUAUGGGUUGGAUCGUUUUUCUCCUCGUCCAUCUUUUGGGGUUUAGUAGUCACGUUUCUUGUUUCUAGUAUAUGUAUUUGAUUUGGAGUUCAGAUUAGAUAUGAUGGUUUUUUUUGUAACUGUUAUGUUCAGAUUCCCGUUUAUAUUAAAACCAUAAAUCAUUGUUUC